AUGAAAACCAUCCCUUCCCAAUCCGAAUCAAAUACUGGCAGCACUAAUUCGUCUGUCGUGGAAAACCAUGACCGAUCAACGGAAAACCGAGACAGCUGCUACUACCCGGAUUGCCUCAAAGACGCCAAUUGCGACUGUAAAUUUUGCUUGGAAAGCUAUGCCACUCUCGACCGUGUGCCUGUGAGCAUUCAGAAAAGCUCGCUCACCAAGCUCUCUGCUUCUCGACCUAAUGUUGAGCAUACUCCUAUCUCUUUCGAUGUUUCCAUUUUGUCCACACCCACAUCAAAUGCUUCUCACAAUUCGCCUCCCCUUGCCGUCAAAUCUGAUGCUAGAGUGAAUUUAGACGAAAAAAUGAAAAAUGAGAAAAAAAGAGAGUGGGAUUUUUCUGGGGUUAAGCUCUUUAGGUUAGUCCUAGGUUUAUGCUUCAUUUUAUCUGCGGAGGUUGCUUUCACCUUGCUUGUUUCUGGGAUUUUUCGACCUGUCUUGUCACCGGAUGUAAUGAAAAGAAUUGGCGAGAAAUCAUCGGUAGUGCAGGAUUUGAAUGGAAAGUUUAGAUUUUUGCAGAAAGAGCUGCAAGAUAUUGUUAAUGGGAAAGUUCAGAAUUGCAGCUAUGGUAACUCCGUGUGGGAAAUCAGCCAGAAUGGGGUUCUAUUGAACUCGCGUUGUACAUUGUACAAAUCAGCAGCAGAGGAGGUGGCAAUCUGGGGAUGGCCUCUGCAAACAGCUGGAUUGCUCACAACUGGAUUUUCUUCUCGAACAUUCACUAUCUUAUCUGGAAGAGUUACUGAGUGGAAUGCUGGACAAGUCGGCUAUUUGAUUCGAAAAGCAAAUGCUUCUUGGGUACAGCCAAAAUGGGGCGCCUCAGUAGUGCAAUUAGACUCCAGUACAUGGGUUCUUGAGUAUAAAAGGAGAUUUGUUUUUGAUAGCACAAGGUUGUAUUCAGCAGCGUUGGAAUUUUUCAAGCACAGGAUUUCAAGAAUGGCUGGAACAGUGAAGAAGGAAUUUUGGCUGUUUGCUGCUUUUGGAGACCAUCAAUAUACUGAAUUAACAGCAAACUAUGGCACCAAAAUGCCGACCUGAAGCCACCAACGGACAGUGGCAUAUAUUGUCCUCUCAUUGCUUGUGAGAAGUCUAUAUUUUUCUGCAGUGGUUCAUUUCGUUUAUUUCUUUUUGCUCCUUCCUCUUUCCAAAUUGCCUGUCACUUCCAGAUAUUCAAGUGGUAUAUUUUGGUAAUGAAUUCUGUAACCUGG